UCAUCCACCAAGAGCAAAAGAUGAUGUUUUUCAUUCCAUUUUUAUCUACCAAACCCUAAUCCUUUCAGCAUAAAAGGAGGCGAUUUUGGAGGAACAGGGAGAGGAGAAAAACCAAAAAAAUCUCAUUUUUUCAUCACUUUUCCAAAAUCCGAAAUUGACUCAAACACCUUCCAAACUUCAAUCUUCUUCACCCAAGAGCCUCUAAACACUUCCAGUAGCUUGAAACAACAAUAGAAACGAAGGAAAACCGUCAAGAGGAGCUUACUCAAAGUUCAAAAUAGCAAAGAAAAGAGUAGGUGUUAACCCACCAAAACAGAGCUCGAAACCAGAAGGAAAAGACAUUGAUUUGAGAAAAUGGCACCUGACAAAAGAUUACCUAUUGGUUUCAAGGUUAAGAUUCCAAAUGUAGAGGAACUUCAAAAGUUGAGUGGCCGUAUUUCUACGCUUGCCGAAGGAAACUUUCGAUACCACUAUGGGCGCUUAUUGGAUCUUCUUCAAGUAAGGGUUAAUGAGAAUGCCCUUACUACUUUGGCCCAGUUUUAUGAUCCACCCCUCCGGUGCUUCACUUUCCAAGAUUUCCAGUUAGCUCCGACUCUUGAGGAGUUCGCCAAGAUUUUGGGUUUUGAUCUAAGGGAAAGUAAGCCAUACUUAAACUUAGGAGAAGAACCAACCAUGGAUGAUCUUGCUAAGGCCCUAGAUCUUGGAGUUGAAGAGGUUACAUCUUGGUUGGUGAAAACCAAGGAUAAUGGCAUGGUGAUUCCAAGAAAGGUGUUGGAAGCUAAGGCCUCAGACCUAUUAGCCAAGAAGGAGUGGGGGUCAUUUAAUGCGAUCUUAGCAUUAUUGGUGUAUGGGUUGGUGCUAUUUCCAAAGGUGAAUGACUCUAUUGAUAUGCCCGCCAUAGGGGUAUUCUUGGUAGGAAGUCCUGUGCAUGCUCUAUUGGCCGACUUCCACCUCUCUCUUUGUUCUAGGCAUGAAAAGAGGAGAGGGGGGUACUAUCAUUUGUUGCACACCUCUGAUGCAGCUAUGGCUAUACUCCCAUUUGCCUAAAAAGGGAUUCUUCCUGGAAAAUCAAGAUCAGUUUUCGUGGCCUAACAGAAUGGUCGCACUCACUGAAAAGGACAUUGCUUGGUAUUCACGAGAAUAUGAUGGUACUAAGAUUAUUCUCCGAUGUGGUGGCUUUCCUAAUGUACCCCUC